AUGCAUUUCAGGCGGCACGCAGGAUCUCAGCGACGAGAGAUUGGCGAAGCAGCCUGGUCUCUCAGCCGCUGGAGACAGGGACGUGGGCAGUGGGGUUUGGUUGGAUGGCGAACAGUAUCCAACGCCCGUACCUUCGGAUACAAUGUCUUCUUCAACUCGUUGAUGUACCGCACCAGGCCACUCGAGUCAAUGAAGUGGCCGAAGCAACGAAGCAAAGAGGGGAACAUGUUUCUUUCGACGCAACUUCACGACUCGCUACAUCCUCUGUCCAUGCACGCCUGUACCUAUCCCACGUCGAAACUCGAAGAAGAACUCUAG